ACAUUCUACGCGGUCACACCAGCCGUCAGCCCAUCUACCCAUUCCAUGUCAACAUAGAGUCUACAGUGGAACCUGUACCUGCGACAGUUCCGAUAUCUGCAUGUUUUUCUACUGUACGCAAGCCACCCGAGCACCAAUUUCGAUGGCAGUUUAGAUUUGGUAUUUUAGCUAAUAUUAGAUCCACAGACCUUAUGUCAUCGCCAUGAGUGAGGCGAACAUCACAGAUAAACGAGACCUUUCCGAUGGUGGCCCUUCAGAGGAGGCACCGAGUCGUGUUAGUAGUCCUCCUAGGAAGAAGAAGCAGAAGACCAAUGGAGCCGUUGGCGUGCUGUCCCAUCCUGCAGAGAUCAAUGAAAAAUAUGUGGAGAAGAGCUUCAAGGAUUGUAUGAGAGCAGUUUUCCAAGAUGGAGUAGAAGCUACUCACAUAGGUACAUGUAUAGGUACAGAGGCAGCUGUGAUCACCAACCCAUUUACAUGCUGUGUUCUGCCAAACUUUGUGAAAGAUGAACGUUUCUUGAAAGGGCUCAAGGAGGAACUGCUAGAGCUUGAUUUCAACAACAAAUCAAAUGAUCUUUACAAAUUUCAACAGUCAGAUGCACUCCAGAACUUCACCUCCCUCUACAUAACAGCCCUGAAGAAACUGCUGUAUGAGGAUUUUCUCAGUUGGUUAAGAGAAGUUACUGGAAUUCCCUUCAUCAACACGUUUGAUCUCACAUGCUCCAAAUACAAUUACACAGAUGUGCUGCUUUGCCAUGACGAUGAGUUAGAAGGAAGACGGGUUGCUUUCAUUCUCUAUCUUGUCCCCACUUGGGCGAAGAAAGAUGGAGGGCUCCUAGAUCUAUUUGAUAUGGAUGAACAUGGACAACCCAAGUCAGUGGUCAAGUCUCUGGUGCCAAAUUGGAACAACUUUGUUUUCUUUGAAGUGACUCCAAAGUCAUUUCAUCAGGUUUCUGAAGUGUUGAAUCAAGACAAGUGUCGUCUCUCUGUGAGUGGCUGGUUUCACGGUCCUACAGUGCCAAGACCAGCCCCAUACAUAGAGCCCAGGUGUACCCUGACUCCACACGUUGAUACCCAGGAGACAUUAUUCUAUGAAUGGAUCAAUGAGAGUUACUUGGAUUUUGGAAAUCAGAGUGAGGUCCAAGACACGUUCUCAGAUGAAUCUGAAAUACAGCUGUCUAGGUUCUUUGAGAAGGAGAAAUAUGAAGCAGUUCUUACUCAGCUUCAGAAUAGUGACAUCAGAUGGAAGUCCAGAGGCCCUGCAAAUAAAAGACAUUACAAGUCAGCAGAGCUUACCUCCCUGCCACCCGUCAUUCAAGAGUGCCUGAGUGUGAUGCAGAGUGAACACAUGUUCCUCCUCCUCUCGAACUUCACCGCCCUCCGCCUCCACGCCCAAGCACCCUGCAGCGACGAUGAUGACGACGACGACGACGAAGAUGAGAUAGAAGAGGUGCAGGAGAAGACGGAAGAGGGUUUGGAUGAUGAAGAUGGAGAGAAGGUUAAUGGUACAAGAUGCAAGUCAGCCAGCGAGGAAAGUGAGAGCAAGCCAGAAGCAAGGAUAGUAGAUCAUGAUGAUGGUGAUGAGAGAGAAGGAGUAACUAAGGAGAGGGGAGAACAAUCAGACAAGGUGCAAGAUGGAGACGUUCAUGAACAGGGCACCAGUCGGAAGGAUGAAACAGACCUUCAAGAUGGCGUCGUAAUAAAGAUGAAACGUGAGGCAAGCACUCCUAGGUGUAGGGCAGAGGUCAGGAAGUGGACACACGGCUGCUACACUCUGCUGCAUGAUACAGACACAGAGGGCUCUGAGUUUGCUCUGGAUGCUUCAGUGUUCUUCAACACGCAUGGUGUGAGUCAAGCCACUGGGGGUUUCGUUUCCUACAUCGCAAAAGGAGAAGAUGAAGAACUACUGAGUGUGCUCCCUGAGGAAAAUUCUCUUUCACUGGUCUACAGAGACAAGGAGACACUGAAAUUUGUCAAACAUAUCAAUCAUAGCUACAGAACUAGCAGAGGGAGUAAUGGCAAUCCUCAAAACAGCCAUUGUGCCUUCUAUGAGCUGUACUUGGUGUACUAUGAAUAAUGGCAUGC